UUAUAUAUCAUAGUCCACUUUGGUUGCUAUGCUAGAAAUAUAUAUAUAAGGCAGAGCAACCAGGCGGUUAGUUAGUUAACAGUAUUGAAGAAGAAUAAACCAAUACGUUACAUUGGCGACGAGAGAAAAAUGAAUAAGCCACCAGAGUUCAACAUUGAAGAUUCCUGGCCGAUUUACCAGGAGCGCCUGGAAAGAUUCUUCGUGGCGUACGAUUUGGACGACGAUGAAAAGCAAGCUGCCCUUCUUUUAACUUCGGUUUCCGUCGAAGUGUACCAAAUCGUGCGCGAUCUGUGUUUUCCGAGUAAACCAGAAGAAAAAACGUUUAAUGAACUCUGUGGUGUUUUACGGCAACGCUUUAUGCCGACAGUGGUUGUUUUUCGGGAACGCUCGAUUUUCUUUGAAGCGCGUCAAGGGGACACCGAAACAAUCGUGGAAUGGGCAACUCGUUUAAAGAAGCUGUCGAGCAGUUGCGAGUUUGGAGGCAAUUUGAAUGAAAUGGUUAAGAACAUGUUCGUAGUGGGAUUACGCCGUGGUCCAGUUUUUGAUCGCAUUUGUGAAGAAGAAAUCUCAGCAACCUACGAUCAAUUGGUGAAAUUGGCAAUGAAAAAGGAAGCGACUCUUUUACAACGUGGUACAGUUUUUCGAAUUCAAAAAGCAAAUACCAAGAUUGAAAGGCCAAAGAAAGAAGAACUGAAAUGUUUUAGUUGUGGAAAAGGAGACCACGAUUUUCGAAAAUGCCAGUAUAAAAAUUACGUUUGCAAAUUUUGUAAGAAAAAAGGACAUUUGGGCAAAGUGUGCACUGCCAAGAAUUAUUCGUCGGAAAAGAAACAUGAACAGAAAUCGCCAAAGAUAAGUCAUUUACGUUUAAAUAACGUCGAAUAUCUCCCGCCUGUAUUGCAAGAAGUUUUCGUAAACAAGAGAUCAAUUGAAUUUGAAGUAGAUACCGGAAGCCCUGUGAAUGCAAUUUCAAAAGCAUUAUUCGACAACCUAUUUCCUUACGAAACGUUAAAAACCGAUGUGAAAGAAGAGUUUUUGUGCUAUAACGGUAGUGUUUUCCGUGCUCUUGGAAAGUUUGUGGCUGAAAUGAAGUUCAAAAAUCACGUAUCCAAGGAGGAAAUUUUCGUUUUCGAUGGAAAUCGACACCCAUUGCUUGGAAGACAAACGAUGUCUAGAUGGGGAGCAUACUUCAGGAGCUACAUUCUGCUCAUCUUGGAAUAG